CUGGAGGCCCCCCAGUCGUUGGUUGGUUUGCAGUGUUGGGGCCAGUAAGUCGCAAAGACGUCAGAUCUUGCUGCAGUCUGACCAUUAGUCUCCAGCCUUGGUCAUCUGCUGUCCAUCCGAGCUGCCCAUCACGAUGUCACCCUUCCCCGUGCUCUUCAUUCUGGGGUUUGCCCUGAGAACUACUCUAGGACUCUCAGGNACCAGCCCCGCGGCGUCCUGUGACUACCAGGGUAUAGCAGCCGCCACCUUCGCCUCCUCCACCUACUGCAAUGGCGUCAUUUUCGGCGGAAAGCUGCUCAUCCCCGACAUCUGUGGAACCUACCUGGAUCAACUGAACAAGUUUGGAGCGAUCACAGUUUACUACGCUGAUGGGGCCGAGAAGUACGAACUGACCAGCUACUCAGCUUGCGGACACCGGGGCUCCCAUCUACUGUGACACGACCACUGGUCAGAAAGUGGUCACUGGACUCACCGCCUCUACCACCUGUGACGUGGGAGGGACCACGCUCGUCCUUGACCUCUCAGACGCCGACCCCGACUUCAAAUUCGGAUAUUAAUUGAUUAACUCCCUUAGCCAGGUGAUUUUGAUGGAGAAUUAACAAUUUGGAUAUUAAUUGAUUAACUCCUUUAGUGUGGAGACUGCCGGAAUUUUUUAUGGAGAAUUAACAAUUUGUUUGUUAAUUAAUUAACUCCCUUAGUGUUUCAAGACUGCGUGUGUUUUUGAAGGAGAAUGAACAAUUUGUUUAUUAAUUAAUUAACCCCCUUGUGUUUCAAGACUGUCGUUGUUUUUCAUGGAGAAUGAACAAUUUGAAUAUCACCUCCCUUAGUGUGGGUUAACAGGAGGGAGUUUUUGCUUGAGAGGAAACAAUAAACAUUCAGCCGUGACGAAUC